UAAAAAGUGUAACAAAAAUCUAUUUUUUUAACGGCAUGUGAAUCUCGUAGAGCUGGAUUGGGUGUGCUACGGAUCCUUCAUAGCAAAAGAAUGAAUCAUUCCUGCCAUUGUGUGUGCUGUGGAGUAUAAAAUCUGUGCUUUAAAAGCAGCAGAUGAUUUACUCCAGCAAAACAUCUGCUUAACUUCUCUGGGAACACACCAAACUCAAGACAUGUCUAAGCUGGAGAAAGCCAUCGUGGCCAUAGUGGAGGUGUUUGAGGAAUAUGCAGGGACAGAUGAGCAGAAAACCCAACUCAGUAAUGCUGAACUUGGACAGCUAAUCAAAGCCCAAAUUACCAGUCCUGAAUUUAAGAAUAAAGUGGAUCCAGACAAUAUUAAGGAGGUCAUGGAAGAACUGGAUAAGAACCAUGAUGGUGAAGUGAACUUCCGUGAAUUCAGUCAGUGUAUAGCUGGCCUAGCCAAGGCCUACUACACAAAGAAGCACGGCAAGGAUAAGUGCAGAGGAAGCGGCAGGGGUUGUCAGAAUAAAUGAACACACACAUCCUUACACUCCUGAGGCUCUAGACACUUGCCUUCUACAAGGUGCUAAAGUACCUCUCUAUGAUGUGUAAUAAUGCUGCAUUUUAUAUGCUGUAAGACAGGCACAGUAAAAAAAAAAAUGGUUUAAAGUAGUUCAUGUAGUAGGAAACAUU